ACAUUGUCUACCUCGGUACCUCCCUAUCAAACCGUCAAUGCGCACGAGACCUCUCUAAUACUACCAAGAUCAAAAUUAUUGUUCAGAAACAUGGCCAUUUAUCACGUUGUCCUCUUCAAGCUGAAGCCCAAUGUGCCUCAGCAAAGCAUCGACGAGAUGCGCGCUGCCGGCAAAGCCAUGCUUGGCGUCGUGCCAGGUCUGAGGUCCUUCGAGUUCGGUCCUCCGCUCGCGAGCACUGCGCACCGCGCUCAGGGCUUCGAUCUCGGCUUGAUCGCUGUGUUGGAUACCGAAGCGGAUGUCCUCGCUUACGGUCCACACCCAGCUCAUCAGGUGGUCAACAAGAUUCGGGAAGCUAUCGCUGCAGAGACGUUGGCCUAUGACUUGGAGGUACCUGAUGUCGCUUAG